AUGGCCGACGUUCCACCAGUCAUAACCAUUAGCGUUUCUCUAAAGAUCCAACCGAACGAUGGUCCAGUAUUUUUCAAAGUUGAUGGGACAAGGUUCGGUCAGAGCAGAACAAUCAAAUUGCUAACAGGGUCGAAAUAUAAAAUAGAGGUUAUCAUCAAACCAGGGAAUGCGGAGGCCACCACAAUGGGCAUAGGCAGUGUGAACUUUCCUCUGGAGCAGCAAUCCAAGGACGAUGAAUCAGUUGUGUAUGUGGGCAACUAUGACACCGAAGGCGUGCCGCACACCAAGAGCGGGGAGAGACAACCCGUGCAAGUCUCCAUACAGUUCAAGGAUGCUGGCGUCUUUGAGACAGUAUGGCAAGUGAAGUACUACAAUUACUACAAGAGGGAGCACUGCCAGUUUGGGAACAACUUCAACUGCAUCGAGUAUGAGGCAAAGCCCAAUGAGACCCGUAGCCUCAUGUGGAUUAAUAAAGAGGUCUUCCUGUGA